GCAACGUGUACGAGGCAGAGACGUCCAACGUGGCUUACAGUCGGACAAGAUUGCCUGUUGGCAAAGGCGAAGAUCGGACGGCUAUGGAGAGGCAGAAAUUAACAGGCGACGUGAGAUGGGACUUGGAGUUGGAGUAUAAAUAUAAAUAAAUGAAAAGCCGUUUUUCAUAGAUGACGCAUUUAACAGAGCGAGAGAGCUUCGGAUUUUCCGUCUUUUGGGAGUUCGUGAGAAAAAAGAAUGGGAGAGAAAGAGCUGCAAACUAGCUGGCCAUAUUCAUUUCCUUCUUGUUUUUUCAAGUUUUCUGCUGAGAUUUCCUUUCCUUCAUUUUUUGAAUGCUCGGUUUACCAUUCAAUGGUGUGGUUGUGGUUUUGAUCUAAAAAUCAAAGGAAGUGAAAGACGAUAAAGGGACAGUCAAAAGUGUGACGAAGAUUUGUUUUUAUCUAUUGUUUGGUUGAGAAAGGAGAUUCGUUGCGUUAAUGAGUUUUAAUCUGUAAUUCAAGUUCGUUUUAAAGCGUAUUUCUAAGGAUUUUUUUUGAGGACCGUGAAAGCCGUAUUCCACAAAUGAGCUGCCAAGCUGUAGCUAAAUGUUAGUUAUGUUAUCAUGAAUUUGAUAUCAACAGAAAUGGACAAGAGUCGAGACGUGAGGCGUGGAACGAGUAGGCUCUCGCGACAACAAUCUCGAACCAACCUUUUGUUCGGUUUUGAUGGUGGUGAUGGUGGGGGCUUUGUUUGUUUAGAGAAAGCGAAGAAAGAGAAAAUAAGAAGACUACAUAGCGUUAAUGGUAAUAGAGGAAGCCCCAGUCCCUGUCCCAACAGCAUUAGCAACCAACACUGUGAAACUGAAAUGGGGAGUUGUUGCUGUGAUUUGUCUUCUGAUAAUAGAGAAAAUCAGUGUCCUUCACGUUCAAAACACUCUUCUUCUCUCAUCACUAAUUCUACCACCAAGAGAUUUAAGAUUCUCAAAAAGUUUUUUCAUGACUGCAAUGUCGUUGAUCAUGCCUCUGUCCCACGGAAGCUACGGUCAGCCAUGAAGAAGCGUGGUCGCGAAUCUAUCUGCCUGCCUUUACCAGAUUCAAAGAAAUUGAACCAUACACUUGGUGGAGUCCAAUCGCAUAAAAAGGAUGGUGUAAAGAAACCCAAACUGAAUUCGAAACAAGGAGAGUUAGACUGGUCCGGGAAGGCAACUGUUUCUGGGCCAAUCACAAAAGAUGAGGAAGAGGUUGUGGAGACCCUGUAUGCUUUGGCAGGAAUGUUCCUUGACAGUAACUCGAUGGAUAAGAAUAAAUUGAGUGGUGAGCCAAUAGAAGUAAAAUCUUCAGAUCCUCCAGAGACAGUGGAGAGUGCUGUCACAGCAAUUGAAGUUAAAAAUGAAGAUGCAAACUCAGUUUUUUGUCCACAAGCUGCUGAGACUGUUCCUUCAUCCACUAUGCAUGAGACAUCCAAUGAAGCUGCUAAACUCAAUUCUUUGAAUGAACCUCCUACUACUCAAGAUCAGCUUGAGUUGCCAGAAUGCAAAAAGCCCCAUAUGGAACUAGAUAGUUCAAUUUCUCAAAUGAGGCUGAAUACUACCAUCCCUUCCUUGACUAAGAGUGAACCUGAUGCUGAUAAAUCAUCUUGCAUUCCUGGCAACUUUCAUGUCCUCUCUGAACAAAGCUUAGAAACUGGAUUGGAGCAGACCAAGCAAAAGAUAACCAAUCUUUAUGAGAGAAAGCCAGAGAUGGCUUUUGGGGUUUCUCCUAUUGAAAGCCAAAACGCACAGCAACGAAUAUUCAAGGAGCCCAGAAAAAAUGGCCUUGCAUUGUGGCCAGGCUUGUCUUCUACUGUGCCCCUAGGUGUUCGGAGCCCUAGUUCUUCACGAUCGUCAGCUACUAAAAUUCCAGCUUGGUUGGAUGCCUUAAUGUAUGGCCCCAGGACAUGUUCACUAGAAAGUGGUUCUUCAACUGAAAGGGUUUGGAAAGUCACCAUGGAUAGGAAGUCAAUGAAGAGGUGCGCCGCUCAUGUUUACAUCAGUUCUCUCAUUCGUAAUUUACAAAUGCAAGACAGCAAAGACAACAUUCUUCAACAGUCCCUUCAGUUGAAACCCCAUGUAGGAUUAAAGCAAACAGCUGUUUUGUAUCCUAAAAAUUGCAGUAAUUUGAGAAAUGGUAUCAAUGGCACUAUACCUAGUAGCAGUUCUGGAAAUUCUGCUCCUGAUAUAAAUUCUUAUGAAGCCAGAAGUGAUAUUCUACAGCACACAAUACUCCAUCAGGAACAGCCACAGGUUGCUUCAGCAUCUGGGAUGCAAACUUCAGAGAGGCAGAGUUUUGAUUUCUUGUCUUUGUCAGUCGGAGGAAUUGGUACGGAAGCUAGUAAUAGCUCUAAUAAAAUUGGAAAUACAAUUAAAUCAUUGCCACAACUCCAAGUUCCUUACCUUCAUUCACUUCCACAACAUCAGUCACUCGUGCCUUUCUCAAUACCUCCAACUCAUUAUACUUCCUCUUCUUACACAGAGCAGGUUUCAACAGCAAGGGCUGCACAGCAGGUACAACUGCAGCUACCUCAAUAUCCUAUUAACCCUUUCUGUGGUCCUCCUUGCACAAGUUAUUCUGGUGUUGAAAAACUACAGCAGCAACAGCAACAGAAACGACUUUGGGCAGCUUACUUAACAGCUCAGUACAGGCCUGGUGGAACUUCAGCGGUCUUGACCCAAUUUCCAAGUUGGCAAAAUGGAAAGUCGGACACUUGUACGUUGCUGCCCUCAAACUGCCUUCCCUCCCCAUUCAACACCAGAUGCUGUUGGGCCCAAGUACAACACGGUCCCACAACAUCAGCAGCCGAAAAUUGCCAUUUCUUCAUCAUUUCCCCCUGCCAGAGUGAAAAGGCCGGACCACCAUCUUCCAUCUAUUUAUGAAGAAAGCAGCGGCGGAUUUUGCGCUGGUGGGCCAUUGCCAUUGCAGUUACUCUGCAAUGAGCGCCUCUGAAUUUUGAAGUAAAAGGUUCCGUCCACUUAUGAUGCACACAGUAACAUUAUUUGAUUCUUUCAACUGCACGUGAGACCUGGUACUCAUCAAACAGGGCGUGAAGUAAUGAGAGAGCUUGCUGCUAAUCAGAUGUUUGAAGGAAAUCUUGAGACUCUCCGCCUCACAAGAUAAUAAGCAAAAGACUCUUGUAGAGUCCCGCUUUUUAAGAUGGUAUUUUAAUGCCCAUUGUUCCAUUGUCACCCGGUUACAGUGAAAGAUAGAAAAAGGGUUUACCCUUUGUUUUUCGACUUAGUCCCGUUUCUGAAAUCUUUAUCAUAAAACUGGAGGAUGAUAAUUGGGGUAUAAAGGGUAUUGAAUGAAAGAGUUGCAUCCGAAAAUUAUGUUCUAACUUUGAGGUAUAAUAUUCCAUCACUAUUCAAAUGCAGAACCCUAUCCAUCAUACACGACUCUCUGCUGAUUGUUUUGUACACGUAGAAUGCUGAAAUAGCAUGCAAAUCAAUUUCGUCAAACAAAAUUUGACACAAACUUGCAAGGUAACGUAUCUUACUCGGAUACGUAUAUCAAUCAUGUACCAAAAAUAGAAAACAAUAGAAGCUCCUCCAUUUUUAACUUCGGUAUCUUCUCCACGCUUCCAUUAAACAUUGCACAAACGGCUACAAGAGAAAAUGAGUAACGAGAUACUACGUGUUUCAGUUUUCGAAUAAUACAAGGAAGAAUUGGCUGCGCAAAAGAGGUUGCAAAUUAUAAAAACACCAAAAAAAAAAAA